UUCCUGUGUUUGUAAACUGUAGCUCGCGCUAGCUGAUGUGGAGGCUGCGAUAAGGAGCCAGGUUUUUUUUUUUUAAACCCACAUACCAAAAGACUUGAAGGACGAAAACUGGUGCCAGAUGAUAGCAGUGGGUGUGUCCUUUUGUCUCGUGCAUCAUCCUGAGUGACAGCUCCUGGUCCCUCCCCUUGUCCCUGUCCUCUUCAGUGAUGUCACACAUACCAACCACCUCGGUCCGUGACCAUAUGAAAUGGGCGGGGCUGCUCGGAUGUGAAGCCGUCCUCUCCAGCAUGGCUCUAAUGCAGGCCAGCACCAUUUCUGCUCCAAAGAAGAUGAUGACGCCACUGGCUCCUCCCCCUGUUCCGGGUCCCACUCAGAGAGACCCGCAGGGGCACAUGGGCUUAACAGCAGCCAUGACCUGCCCUCCACUGCUUGUCCGUAAAGAAGGCGACUUUCACACCCCCCGCCUGCUGGAUGAGAAGGAAAUGAGACCGAGCGAGGACAUGCAGCUGAAGAAGAAGAACAGGAAGUCUGGAAUGCCCUGUAAAGUCCGAGAGCAGGAGGGGAAAGGAGGGAAGGCUGUUGUGGUGGAUGAGAACGGGAAUUGUCCACUUUCCAAAGUGCAGAAGAACUUCAUCUGCGAUCACUGCUACGGUGCUUUCAGAAGCGGCUAUCAUCUGAAACGACACAUUCUCAUUCACACCGGAGAGAAGCCAUUUGCUUGUGCCAUAUGUGACAUGAGGUUUAUUCAGCGUUACCACUUGGAGAGACACAGCCUCACUCAUACUGGGGUGAAACCGUACGCUUGCACCAUGUGUGACAUGCGAUUUUUCCAACGUUACCACCUUCAGAGACACAGCCUCAUACAUACGGGGGUGAAGCCCUACGCUUGCUCCAUGUGUGACAGGCGUUUUUUCCAACGCUACCACCUGCAGAGACACAGCCUCACUCAUACGGGGGUGAAGCCGUACGCUUGUUCCAUGUGUGACAUGAAGUUUUUUCAGCGUUACCACCUGCAGAGACACAGCCUAACCCAUACGGGGGUGAAGCCGUACGCUUGUUCCAUGUGUGACAUGAAGUUUUUUCAGCGUUACCACCUGCAGAGACACAGCCUAACCCAUACGGGGGUGAAGCCAUAUGCUUGCUCCAUGUGCCAUAUGAGGUUUUUUCAGCGUUGUCACCUUCAACGACACACUCUCACCCACACGGGGGUGAAGCCAUUUGCUUGCACCAUGUGUGAUAUGAGGUUUUUCCAACGCUACCACCUCCAGAGACACAGCAUCACCCAUACGGGAGUGAAGCCUUACGCUUGUUCCAUGUGCGACAUGCGUUUUUUCCACCGUUACCAUCUGCAGAGACACAGCCUCACUCACACGGGGGUGAAGCCUUAUGCUUGUAACAUGUGUGACAUGCGUUUUUUCCAACGCUACCACCUGCAGAGACACAGCCUGACCCAUACGGGGGUGAAGCCAUACGCUUGCUCGAUGUGCGACAUGAGGUUUUUUCAGCGUUACCACCUCCAGAGACACAGCCUCACUCAUACGGGGGUGAAGCCGUACGCUUGCUCCGUGUGUGACAUGAGAUUUUUCCAGCGUUACCACUUGGAAAGACACAGCCUCACUCACACGGGUGAGAAGCCAUUUGCAUGUGAUAUGUGCGACAUGCGCUUCAUCCAGAGAUAUCACCUGGAGAGACACAAGCGUGUCCACAGCGGAGAGAAACCGUAUCAGUGUGAACGAUGCCAACAGAAUUUUUCGAGAACAGACCGACUGCUCAGACACAGACGACUGUGUCAGGGAAGGGGUGUGGCUAAAGUGGAGGCUCCACCCUGCUGCGAACCACGCCCAUUUUCUCAAGACCCUCUACCAGCUCCGCCUCCAGCUCCGCCCAACACCUGGAAUCGACUCGCGGUCUGACAUUCCAUCUCCUGAAGCAGCACGGACCUGGAAACAUGAACACACUCCUGGCUCUCUGACUGCUGCCUCGCACAGCGGUGGAGAAAAAAUAAUAAUAAACCGAGACUGAUGUUCCAGAAGGCGAGCGAGAGAAAGAGAAACGCUUCUUUACCUUGUUUGUGCUAUCAAUUCUUAUUUUAAGAGCGGGACCUGUUUUGGAGGGUUUUUUAAUGUUUAAACAACUUAUUCGCUUUAUUAUUGUUUUUUUUUAAUGAUUAUUGGAGCAGCGUUUCAGCCAUUUUGUUGGUUUGUGGCUGACAAAGAAAAAUGUCUCGAUGGUUGAGAUCAUGAACAACGUUUCGCAAAACUAUCUGCCUGCGGUUUUAGCUCGACGCAAUUUGUCGAAGAGUGAGCAAAUGAAUGGAAAUAUCGACGACAUUUUGUGCAACAUGAGCUGCUUUUUAUCUUCAGCUUUCACACAGCUGAGGAAUAUUUUAUUUUCUGGAACAUUCUCCAGAUUUCACGCGUUCGUAUCGUUAUUCCGCUCUGAUUUCGCUGCUCACACUUGAUAUCAGUGCUGUGUGUAAAUAACUGUGUUGACUAAAUUUUUACUGUAACACUCGACUCCACAGACACGCUCGCGUCACUGCUGCGUAACAUGCUCGUUAGCCAGAACAUUCGAAUCUAAAUGGUAAGUGAAUUCAAAUGGUUUAAUAUCACACUUCGGAAAUUCUUUGCUAAUCAAUGUGACCUGAUGCUACGGUGCAUGAGGGAUUUUUUUUUUUUUGGUGCAAUCCCUUCUUUUAAUCAUCAGGUCGCAGAUUGCUGGCAUAAAAUAAAAUUUACUCCCGACAACCUUUUUUUUUUUUUUUUUUUUUUAAAUCUAUUCAUGGCACCAAAAACCCCCAGGCUGAUUUCCAGUUAAUCUUUCAGCAAUAAUACUGCUAAUAUUUAAAAUCCUGUUCAUCAAGUUGAGUUGGUCAUGCUGUUGCCAUGGCGGUAUGAUUUACACCUCCUGACAUUAAUUCCAGUCGUGUGUCUUUUUAGCGCUGGAAUAAAACUGAUAUUUGGCUCACAGCCAGAUGUUCCGGUGUUGAAAUGGUGACGCAGUUCCAUGUCGCAGCCACAUCCGUCAUCACAACUCUGAAUUCAAAGUUGCUUUGUUCAGAUAUACACAAUCUCCGUCAGUAUGAAAUAAAAUAAUCUCCAGGUUUACACGCUGAAAGACUUUCUCACCUCCACGAGUGACGCACAACCUUUUACGCUUUGUCGAGACAUUAACGCUUCCUGUCCCUCCCCAUCAUUUAUAACUCGAUCUUACUGAAUGGAUAUUGUGCUGAAGCAUCUCUUACCGUAAUAACACAGUGACUACAAAGACUACACAUCCCAUCAUCCAUCUCUUCACAGACUGACCGCCUUCAGUGCAAACGGAAAUCCAGAAAGACUUCCUGGACCUGGGACCGUCAUAAAGCAGAAAGACUGAAGGUUCAUGACAUCAUUAUAUUAUUCAGAAAUUAUUUACAGCUCUGUAUCUUGCUUUAAUGGCAGUUUUGUACUUAGUUUUUGUUUAGUUUUUGUCCUGUUUUGUGUACAUGUUGGUCAAUAUUAACACGCAAUCCUUCCUGACGAGAUCUGGCAACCCGCUGCCAAGUGAGGAUGGAAGUAGAACAGGAAGUAGGCUUGCUUGUGCCGAUAUUUGAUUUAAUUUUUUGUUUUUUUUAACCCAUGAAAUAAUCUGGAAACUUUCUUCUUCUGAGUGAAAAAUUCUCUGCAUUAAAAAAAGGGCGCUAAAAAUGCUCCAUGAUAGCAGUGCUGUUAAAUAUCGUGGUGUAUCGUGUCACUGAUCAUGGGCACAUUCCUAUUAACAACGCAAGCCGCUUUUUCCCCCUCACUGAUAUUUCAUUUUCGUUUCAUGUUAAAAUAUAUAUAAUAAAAUAAUGGACUACGACAGUUUUAGUUCUGUAGCAAUAUGCUGGUGUUUUGUUUUUUUCUGUUUUUUUUUUUUUUUUGUUGUUUGUUUCUAAUAUAAAUUUAAAACACUGGAGUGGAAUAAAUGAUUUUUUUCCUAAUUUUUUUCGAUAUUAAAUAUAGCGUGUAGUUGUUUAGACAAAGCCGUCUCUUCUGAACCAAACGAUUUCUUCACGCUGCCUCCGUAAUGUUCAUGUAGGGAUUAAAAAAAGUUAGAAAAGUUUCCCAGCCCGGUGUUUUUAGUGAAUUCUGUUUAGAAAUCUUAGAGAAGAAAUAAACUGCAUCAGUCGUAGUUAACAGUAGUUCUGUUCUCUUGCAUGUCCUGGCAGUUAUCACUGUAAAAAAAAUAAAAUAAAUAAAAAACUUUCUUUUUUUGGUUCUUUUUUUAAAAGACAUGUAUUGAUGAUUAAUGUAAAAUGAAUCCAGAAAACCUUGUGAUCCAGCUUUGUUGUGUGCAGUGUGAGAAGAGGGGCUUUCAUUACACCGAAAUAAAAUCUCUUAAAGGAAA